AAUUAGAGUUUGACAGUAAACUACUUCACACCAUCCGAAAUCCAAAGUCAGCCUAAACACCAGAAUACCUGAGAGAAUUUUCCGCAAAAAUGACUAACCCUUUUGGUGUUUCUCAAGCGGAGUACAACCUCAUCAAACAGCAAGCUCAGAGGCGAUCUGAGCUUAGGAAAGAGUUCUUAAAACAGAAAACCAACCCUUUUAAACAUGCCUCCGAAGCUGGUUAUGUCUUCGACCCAGCCAUGCAAAAGUUCUUAUCAAUGAAAGUGACCCAGCUAGAGCAUUUCCAAGCCAACACUAGAACCAGCUUGUUUGGUAUCUGCACUAUCAUUAUUCCCAUGUUUACUUACGGAUACGUACUCUGGAAACACAGGACUACGCGUGAAGAACAAAUCAGGAAAGGUGAACUUGUUUACAAAGAUAGAAUGUUCAAAUUGCAGUAAUUAUUUAAAUCAAAAUAUAAGAUGAUUGUCAAGUAGAAAUAAAAUCAAGUAAUUGUUAA